AGGUAUUUAUUACGCUGUAACAAUGGUGCUAACUACAGCUGCAACAGUUCUUGGUGUUAUUGUACUAAGAUUACAUCACCAGGGAAGGCGGGGUAUUCCUGUUCCAAACUAUCUCAGAACUGUUGCAAGGUGGAUGGCGUUCUUCUCCUACUCUAGUUAUCCUCCGAUAGAAAAACAAUUAGAAAACCUAAAUAAAGGAACUUACAGCUUGCCGUGUGAGGACCUUCAACCAUUUUGGAAUUUUGAUGAUUUUAAUGAUAUUGAAAAUAGGUCUGUGGCCCCAGAUGAUUACUGUUAUAACAUAAAGGAUUACGAUCAUAUGUUUCCAAAGAAGAAAUCUCCGAUUUUUAGACAACGGCCUUGGUUUAACCAUAAACUUUUAUCGACCACAACAACUAAACCCAUAAAAACUAAACUCACAACGCCUAACAACAUCAGUACAACAGCUCAACAUCAUCAACUUCAAGAUAUACCACAUCUAAAUACAAAGCCAGUGGUGAAAAAAAUUGUGAAAAACGGGAAGCCAGUUUUUUCGCCGAAAGGUUCCCAGAAACUGAGAAAAGCCAAGCUAUACAGUUCUAAAGAUAAUAUUUCAAAGAAAGAUUUCUACAAUGAAACAGUAAAUCAGAACAGUGUUGUUAUACAGAUAGAGGACGGAGAAACAGAUACUCUCUUGGGACCUAACCCUCUAUCUAGAGAUCUACUCUAUCCUGAACCUAAAAGAGAUCUACCCUAUGCUGAACCUAUGCUAGAUCUACCAUAUCCUGUCUCCCCCUCUCCAACUCCUGACACGAGGGUAAGGAGGUCUGAUCCGACCACUGCAGAUAGGGGCUUGAGAUUGUUGUUCAUGCUUUUAAAGGUUAAAGUGCUCUGGAGAAAAGCAGCAUCAUCUGAAAAAGAGAAGAAAAAAGAAGUUUCACCAAAACCAGAGUUGAGUGGUGCCUGGAAGGAUUUAACGAAUAAGAUGAUGGAGGAAAGAUGGAAGGCGGAGGAGAGAAAGGAGAUUAUUGGAGAAGAGUGGAGGAAAAUCUCUAGAAUAUUCGAUAGGUUUUUAUUGAUUGUUUUUGUGAUAAUGUCACUGAUAAACACUAUCUGGUGUAUUUUUACAUCUCCGCAUUUCCCCGACAGUGAAACUGAUGAUGAAGACAUUCCUGAUUUUAAAUAAACAUUGUAAUAAAAUACAGUACAGUACAGUACAUUACAGCACAGUACAGUACAGUACAAUACA